UGGACCGUUAUAAUUACCUUAGCUUAUAAAAUAAAUAUUAGUGAUCUAACCCUAUAUUCUUCUGUUCAUAACCAAGUAGACUAACUCACAAACCAUACCUUUUUUUUCAUUUGGCUAUCUUUACCAUGAAGUUUGCUUGUGUUCUCUUCCUCUCCUUCUUCAUGCUACUCUUGUUUUCUAAUGAAAUUGGUGCAAGAAAUAGUCCUGAAGAUUAUUGGAAAAAAGUAAUGAAAGAUCAACCAAUACCAGAAGCUAUAAAUGGAAUAAUAGAUCAAAAAAUGGCAAAUGCAUCUGAGAAAAAUUCACUUUGGAGUCAUUUUAAGAGGGAUUUUGAUGUUACUUCUAAUGUCAUAAUCUACCAUCCUCAUCAAGUAAACAACCAUCGUUCGCCUUCUGAUUAGGCGACGACCGAGCUCGAAACCGGAAAGAAUGGGGUUGAUUAACAACAACAGGCAAAUCAUAUCUCCUAUGAAGGUCCCAAAUAAGUUAUUAAAAGAUUAAAUAUACAAAGCAUAUGUUAGUAGUAUUAACAUAAAUUAGUCAUUAUUAGAAGAGUUGCUUUUAUGUAUGCAGGUGUUAUUAGAAAAGAACUUUAGUCAUUAUAGUAGAAUAAUUUAUUUAAUGUAAGAGGAAUUUUAAUGGGGUCCUUUCGAAUUUGAUAUGAUUAAUAUGAAUAUAUACUGUUGAUUGGUGUCGAUAAUAAUUACACAGGAUUACAGCCUUUACAGGUUUAUGAUUUUUACCAUAGAUAACGGUUAAUGUAUAGAACCGUGCAUUUGGAAGUAUGAA